AGUAGGCCUAGAAGAGAAUAGAGCUUUCAAUCCCAAUCCCAUUUGCCCACUUAACCGAUUCCCACAGGAAAUGUCACCCAGUCACGUCCACUGCCAUGUUGGUGUCUGAACCAGUCUGAACUGCGGCGGCUCUCUCUGUCCAGAGGAGGACAUCAUCACCCUAACCGGGCGGUUGUCAUGGAAAUCGGGAGUGUACACAAACGGGUUUUAAAGUUUCUUCACCAAGAAGACGACCACCUCCUCCCCAUAUCUGUAUCGGGGUCGCUGCACUGCCCGCAAAAGGUUUCUCAAGUUGUAGGCCUACACGAGACGACUCAAAGCAUCCGAUCUGAAGAUUCCUCCAGCUCGAGAUGCACACGCAGGAAGUGAUGACCAAAGAAAGUGAAGCUGCACGAGGACAGAGCUUGCUGAAACUGUGCGCUGUUAGCUGCUUGAUGAGCCUUCUGCCCGUUAGCGCCAUUGACAAAGUGAACGUGGUGGAUUUCUGUGGACAAAUGGUCCAUAAGGACGGGCUCAUCGUCAACUCCCACCAGGACUCCAAGAAAUACUACUUUGUCACCACGGGAACAGACUGCCACUUCACCAUGAGAGCCAACAUGCUCCAGGACCGGGUCCUCUUCAACUUCCGCUUCUUCCUGGUCUACAGCCUCCUGCGGGUCACUCCCCUCAGCCCUCCACCCCUCUUUCAUCAGCAGGCAGCGGCGGCCAGCGAUCCCUCGCUCUCUCGCCCCGCGUGGCCCGAUCAGCGUCUACUACAGUCGCCGCCGGUGAAGGAAAACAGUGAGGAUCCCUGCCAUACGGGCUCCUACAUACAGUUUUAUGACGGCCCCAGUAAGAGCUCGCCCCUCUUAGGCCACGCGCUGUGUGGCAAGAGUCCACCCCAACCUGUCAUCUCAACGGGAAACUACCUGACAUUGAGAUUGGUUACGAGAGGCACGCAGCCAAGGGUUGAUUUUGUUGGAGACUUCACAUCUUUCAGAUUAGGUUCCAACCAAUCAGGAUGUGGUAAUGAUCUUUAUUUUAGCUGCUGGAAUGGGAAAUGUAUUCCAAUCAGUUUGAUUUGUGACGAUGACCAGGACAUUGACAACUGUGGAGAUGGCAGUGAUUUAAGAAGUCAACAUGACGUACUUUGCACAAGUCAUCAAGCUGUGAAACUGUCCCCACAAUUUCUACCACCAACCUCUACUAUCCACUUACAGAACUGUGGCAAUAACCCUGAAAUCGCCACAAACACAGACACUGUAGCAGACCCUGCGUCCUGGUCCCCCGUGGCGGUGUACGUGGUCCUGGGUCUGCUGGGGGGGUCGCUGCUGCUGUGCUGGUGCUGCUGGUCCCCCGGCUGGUUCCUGUGGAGGGUCAGCGUGUGUCGCUUCCUUCCCUGCUGCAACUCCUUCUGUGCCUCCUGCCAGCUCUGCGUCUGCAGCUGCUCCCAGAAAAACAAGGACCUGGCUGCCGUGUCGCCGCAGAACAACAACGCCAAUGCUAAUGGCAACGCCGGUGCCAACAACAGUGUCGUCUUGAAUACGACAACUGUGACGUUGUAAUUUCAGAGCUUGUAGUUGUGUGUGAACGAAAUUGAUCCAAAAAAACUGUGACUAUAAUACAAUGUGACAUCAUUAUGUAAAGUAGGCUACUAUGCAAAAAUGUGUGAACGCAAAAAGUUUCCCCUCAGCUUUAGAAAAGGUUCCCAAUACCUGUGCCAGCUACCAAUCUCAAUACCAUAAUUUAAAAAAUGUGAUAUCGUAGUGUAAUUACUUAAAUUUAGUUUUUAAUCUUGGCUUGGACUACUAGGGCAGGCCGUUAGUAUAAAUAGUCAAUACUUUCACAGAUAGACCUUCAAAUAUGUUAUUGAACUUGUGGUAGCCGUGGCCUCGUGUUUAUGGAGGUGGUCUUUCAAUGUGAGUGGGGGUUGUAGGUUUGAAUCCCACCCUUACCUCUCCCCACAUGGCUUAAGUGCCCUUGAGCAAGGCACCUAAUCCCACAUUGCUCCAGGGACUGUAACCAAUACCCUGAAAAAUAAUAUCUCUUAGUCGCUGUGGAUAGCAGUGUCAGCUAAAGGACUGUUCGUUUAAGGAACAUUUUUCUCUGUAGUCAUGCUACCCAGUUAACAUGCCUCUUAAGGAGUUAAAGGCUGUGAAGACAUUAGCUAAGACAGUGCAUUAAGAUGAGAGUGUUACCCCGGCACAUUUCCUCUUUACAUGCAUCUUUAAUUAUCUCCUCUUGGCUUUCUUAAGUGCACUGAGCAUGAUUGUAGUCAAUCCUAUGCUAGCUGAGUAGACUGCAUUCUUGGAAAUGUUAUGUCAGUUGUGUUGCCACACUGCUCACACGUAGCGGUUCCCAAACAAGGGGUCAGGACCCCUCAGGGGGUGGCAGAGUGACAGCAGGUGGGUCCAGUUUUCCAACUUGGGGCCCACUUGACAUUUUCACAAAUGAUCACAGCCCACCUCUGACCCAAUAAACAAUAAAACUCAAAUAAAUUGGUUACACAUUCAUAGCAGCUGUUAUACACUUUGCAUGAAGGAUUCAAAACUGUUUCGUAAGACAUUCAUACCAAACUUUUCAUAGACAUGGAAGACAAAAGCACAGUAACUUGUAAUCAUUGAGGAUUCAGAACAAAACCCGCAAUGCUGCUUUGUUUAACUUUUAUGUUCACCAGUUGCUGUCCUUCCGUCCGCUAGGUUCAUGAAAGUUUUGGUAUGAAUGAGUCAUGAAACAAUCAUGAAUGCUUUGUGCAGACUUUACAACAGCUGAUAUGAAUGUGUUAUGCAGGAACAUGUCAACUAAAGUGUUACCGAUAAAUUAACCGUUACACACUGAAAAAUAUGAUUUUGAUUUUUUUUUUAAUGAAAAUAAUUUCAAGGCCCACUUCAGGGCACAUCAGUGUGCCCCGUCCCACAGUUUAAGAAUCACUGCCAUGGCCCAGCCGUUUGAACGGCUGGGCAACCGACUGCUACGGUACACUGGCGACCCGGGUUCGAUUCCAUCAUGAGGUCAGUUGCCGAGCCCUCCCCGCCGAUUUCCUUUUUCUCUACAACUGUCCUGUCAUAAUAAAGUCAUAACAAGCACCAAAAAAUGUUUAAAACGAAAAAAAAUCACUGCCAUAGAGCGAUGUUGUUUCUCAGAUGGUGCACAUGUGCACUUCAGGCACUAUGUUUCAGUGCAUAUGGCGUGUGCCAUCUGGGACCAGCUGAAUCAGAGAUUUUGUUUUCUCUACGGAGGCAGGGCAUCAGCAACAUGCGAGGCCACAAGCACAAGUGGAGGUGUCAAGUCUGCAUAUUGGAAUGUAUCCAUUGCCGUCAAACGGUCAUUGCAGCAAAUGGUGGAAACACCCACUGAUGAUGUUUCCAUUUUUGUUAUUUGGGGCUAUCCUUGUUAUUGUCUAAAUUUUUUGAGUAAUAAAUAUUUAACUAA